AUGAUGGCGUGUCAUUUGGGUAGCAGCCGAAUUUUUGUUGUGGUGUUUGUCUGCUUAUUUAUCUGUGUUGUCGUCGCUGAAGCGAAAGGGAAGGAUGCUGAGAAGAAAGAUGACGAUCAUAAAAAUAGCUGGAAGAAGAAAGACAUCCGUGAUUAUUCAGAAGCUGACCUAGAACGUCUGUACCAGCAGUGGGAGGAGGAAGAUGAGCCAUUGGAGGAGGAUGAAAAGCCUGAAUGGGAGCGAGAGCCGCCGCCGAUUGACAUGUCACAGCUUGACCCAAACAACCCAGAGGCUAUGCUGCAGAUGAGCAAGAAAGGGAGAACACUCAUGAUGUUUGCCUCAGUCUCAGGUAACCCAACAGAGAAAGAGACGGAGACUAUAACUGGCCUCUGGCAGACAAGCCUUCAUAAUGCUAACAUAGAAACUCAAAGAUACGUUGUCGGGACAGGCCGUGUUAUUUUCAUGCUGAAAGAUGGCUCCAAAGCUUGGUUUGUAAAAGACUUCCUUGUAACGCAGGAGAGGUGUUCGGAAGUGACGAUAGAGGGCAAAAAUUAUCCUGGCAAGGGAGCAGAGGGCGCACAGGAAUCCUCAGAUGACAAUCGUCCAAGUAAGAAGUCCAAAAAAGAUGAUGAGAAGAAGAAGAAACAGAAGAAAUCUGAAAAUGAGACUGUGAAGGAGAAAAAGAAUAAAAAAGACAAAGAUAACAAGAAAGAUAAGACAAAAACCGAAUUGUGAUGAAAUUUUGUUUUAAUUUUUGUAUUCCCUAUGAUUUGUCAUGCUGUUAUGUUUUUUUUUUUUUGUGAAAUUUCUUUUAAAGGUUAUCCCCAUUAACAUUAGCUGGGCUCAUUUAGAUUGAAAACAGUCUUGAAACGCAAAACUAACUUACCCAUGGAAAAACCUGUAUAUUUGCUGGAUAAGUAUGUAUGUUGUUGUUUUGAGGUUUUGUUUAACAUCUAUUGUAAAAGUAGCAGCAAUCAUAUGGGACAUUGGUUUACAUAUGGGACAUUUGUACUUAAAAUUUCUGAAAUUUGAAGUCCUGAAAAUUUGGAAAAAAUAAUUUGAAGUCCUGGAAAACCCUUGAAAAAUCAGUUUUUUUUUUUUCAUGGGUGGAAAGCUGUAACCAGGGUAACUAGGUAACCCAUUCAAAGCUAAGUUAUGAAAUGAUGAAACCAACAGUAUUGAUGUAUUGUGUAUUUGUUCUUUAGAGUAUCAAUCAAAGUGUAAAAUGGGAUGAACCAGGAACUGUUUGGGUAAUGCAAUAUUCAGCCACAGCUAGCCAGACAGCGGCUAAAGAACUGAUUAACACACCCUAAUUAUUCAAGCUUUUCAACCACCUUUGAGACUAAUAUUUUGAAACAUUCCGAUGGAACUAUGGGGUGUAAUAGAAGUAAUUUGAACAGUUUGAUGAAGAUUGCAUCAUUUGUGACACAAACAAAUCAUUGUAGCAUCAUGUUCUUAAAAGUAUGUAUUAUAUUUUAUAUGCAUAAAUUCCACUGGAAAAAGGGCUUUAGAGGUCGAAAAGGUUGAAAAUUUUACAGUAGGUCUGCCAAUUGUGUCUGUGACAUGAGUCACAUUUCUCAAGUCUCUUUCUCUCUUUUUGUCUUAAGGGCACAAUUCACAACAGUUUUCAUAUAACUCAAGUCAACAAAGCAUAGCUCCAGUAUGUAGCAAGGGAGAAGUGCCCUUAAAGCCAUUGAAUUUCACAGGCUUCAUGAUAAA